AUGAUUGGAAUGAGGACAAGAGCUCCAAAAUCGACUGAAGGCAAGAUGGUGAACGGGAGGGAGACACUGCGUCUUCGCUCAAAGGGGUCUGCAACAGUUCAGGAAGUGCAGAAUGAGUUUGAAGAACGGGCCACCAAGAAAGUGGACGACCUGCUGGAGAGCUACAUGGGCAUCAGAGACCUGGAGCUGGCAACCACCAUCGUGGAAGCGGGCAGAGACAAGAAUAACCCCGACGAUUUUGCAGAGGCCUUGGACUCAGUUCUGGGAGAUUUUGCUUUCCCUGAUGUGUUUUUGUUUGAUGUAUGGGGAGCUAUCAGAGAUGUCAAGAAUGGCAAGAUGUAGACAUUUACCAUACUGUAUAUUCACAUGAUAGAGGGAGAGGCACAUGAGAACAUUACAACCCAAAUAUAUGCACAGAUAGACGGGGUGUAUCCAACUGCGAAAAUAAUUUGUACUCUUUAAUUUUUAAUCACUUUCUUUGAAACCAUGUCAGUGACUGCAAUUUAUUCAACCAUUUCCCCUUUGAACAGUAAAAUUACUAUAAUUUGCCCAAAAGCAGAUCAUCGCUAUUAAUGUUAUAGGUUUAGAAAAAUCUUUCAGUAUCGUUUUUAAAUACAUUUGUAUAGAGUGACUCAAAUAUUGAAAUAACCUUGUAUGGUGUUGGAAUUUAGCUGAUGAUCUAGUUCAGAAAAUAAGUUGUAAAUUGUAGGUCUACAAAAAUACAAUCUUAUUCUAAUUCUGAUUAAAGACAAAAGUUAAAAACAUGUUUUGGGGGCUCCCUUUCUCGUAAAUGCAUAAAACAUUAUGUAAAGAGUCAUUCAAGUCCACAACACGUCAGGAAACACAACUUCAUAACAGAGGCCAAUCAGCCGGACAUCUGGGAAUCAAGGAAGUUAGAUAAGGAAGUUCACUACAAUAAAUCUUUCUCCUUUGAUGAAACCCAGUGGGGAAAACAGGAGACAAACAACGAUACAUCUUUGCGUCAUUGGAAAGUCAGAAUGUCUUACAACUUUUCAAUUAUUAACAAUCAAAUCCAGCUAUGAUCUUUGUGCAGGAUUUAUAACUUGUACUAUCAUUGCACCAGGUUAUCAUUAUAUUUAUCAGGAAUUGGUUUCUGUUUCAGGCUUUUUGAAAUUAACAAGUGGCCCCAUUGCAGAAAGAUAUCAUAUUUGUAAUCAUCUCAUUUAUAUUGACUGAUCUGAAUUUGAAUUCGCAAAUAACACUAAUUUCAAGAAACUUACCCAAAUUGUGAUCUCACACAGGAACCAUGCCCAUAAUGUACAAACAUUUCCAAAACAACCUCAAAUAACGUUUGCUGAUGUAUGUGUCAUGCAUUUACAUGCAUCAUUUUGCCUAAAAUCUGUAUGUAUAAAGGUCAUUAUGCUCAUGAUAAAAUAACAUUGUAUCACAUAUUAACUUGCUUCCCACUUUUGCUAUGAGUUCACAGGAAAUUCUUUGUUUCAAGUAAUGUAAAUAUGCUUGACCAGUUUAUGACAGUCUUUAUACUUGACUUUGUUUCAAUGUAUACUCUCACCGCAUUGAGGCAUCAAAUUACAUCUUAGAUUUGGACAAUUAUAUGUUUUCUCACUCAACAAACAAUGUGAAGGUAUAAUGUCAUAUUAUUUAAAUGCAGGUAAGUAAACGCUGAAAUGCAGUUGGUCUUAACUAUUUAUUUAGGUUAAACUUGUUCAACUAAAUCUGCAUUUGUCUGGUUUUGUUUCACCACUUUG